AACCGAAAACCUCACUGUAAGAUGCGCGCCACCUUUUUCGAGAGGCCCAUCAGUUAUUCACGUUAGGUUAGUGAGAAUGGUAGAGUGUAUUAUUAUUGACAUGAUCUUGGUUUGUUGUGAUCCACAGAAUUAAUUUUAAUUUAGGUAGUUAUUCUUUGUUGUUUUAUGAUCAUUUGCAAUCAGAGUAUACGGCAAAUUUUUUUAACGGAUCCAUAUAAUUGUUUUGUCCUGACAAGUCGUCAGUCUUUAACUAAAUAUUAAUUCUGUCGCCGCUUAACCUAAACUAUAGUAUACGCCACACACCAACGUGUGUUAAAGAUUUGUAAAUACCGUACAAAAAGUAAAUUUUCCUAAAUAAAAUGAAGCUUUUAACUCACAACAUGUUGACUUCAAAAUGCUUGAAAGGAGUUACUACAGGAUAUCCUUUAACAAUCGAGGCAAAGGAUAUCCAAGUUUCUGAAAUAGAUUUUAAUUCUGAGUUCAUUGCCAGAAUUGUUCCAAAACUUGAUUACUCAGCUUUGUACAAAGCUGCUGAGAGUAUUGGGCAUGCUGGUGAUUUACCACCACAACUAGUUGAAGAUUAUGAAACGAAUGAAGAAUUUUUGAAAAAACUUCACCAUGCAUUGCUUGAAAUUGAAAUUAUAACUGGUGAUUUGCUUUGUCCAGAGUCAGGAAGGAAGUUUCCCAUUAAUGAUGGUAUCCCAAACAUGCUUUUAAAUGAAAAUGAAGUGUAGGAAAAUAGUCAUGGUAUUUUUAAUGUUGAAAAUACGUUUCUUUAUGUCAUUAUCCAUUUAUUAAAUAACUUUCGUUAUUCUCAAUUAUUAUGAGUUUUUUUGACCAGACAAAUUUAAUAACUUGAGACAUUAGUCAUCUGAAAAACGGUGGAACUGAGGUUGUAUAUUUUUUCUAUUAGAGUAAAGUGUAAAAAAUACAUUAUUUAGUGCAGUUUAUGUAUUUAAAUUUAAUGA